CACAGAAACGAAAGGCAUGAAGAGGAGCGUCGUUUCAAUAGCAACAAAAAUAUCUGCCAUUAUUUACCCUUUUGCGGAAAUUUUCUGACAUUUCGGUUCUUAGAUCUUAGGAUGGAGUCUUUCUCGGACCUGUCGCUGUCCGAUCCGGACCAGGAGGCCUCAGAUGGCGAAGAAAAGCCCAACAUGGAGGGCCUCGGACUCCAAAUCGUCGACAUUCCGACAGAAAACGGCAGUCACAGUUCCUCAACGAGGCAAAGAAAACGGGCAGGGGGAAAUGAAAGCAAUGAUAAUUUAUCGGAUGACGGUUCUGAGUUGUCAACUCAGAGGUCUGCAAGGGCAUCCCCUGGUCGCAGGAAGAAGAAACUCCACAAGUUGAAGCUGAAGGAUGGCUCCGUCAUCGUGCUGAAUCCUCCCGAGGAACUACUCAAGAGAUCAGAGAGCAAAGCAAGGAAACACGCUGGAUUGGGAGAGGUGGAGCCAGCUCUGGAGGAGUACAUCCGCUGUACCGCCCUCUGUCGUCUGGUUCAUGGAGACGGUCACUGGAAGCUAGCAGAGAGUCACACCAACUUGGCCUAUGCUUACCUGACACUCAAAGGACUAGCUCCCCAGGCACAAUAUCAAGCCGAGGCAGCCAAGAAGAUCAUGCUGAGUGGUCUACACGCCUCGGACUCCAGUGACUGCAAGGCAGACCUCCUGGCAGUACUGGUCAAGAUGUACUAUGUCCUGGGACGAAGUAACACCAUGUUCAACAAGUAUCCAGAGGCUGAGCAGUGCUUACUCAAAGCUGAGAAAGUAUCUGAGGAACGAGCAAAGCUGAUUGGCUCGGUGGGAUCAGAACAGGAGCAGAUGGCUAUCUAUAUCGCCAUAGCGAUGGGAAAGCUGUAUGCCAAUCAGAACAAGCAGGCUUUGGGAGCCAGUUACUAUGAGAAGGCCGUACGACUGACUGAGAAGCACCAUGGCUCGGACAGCUUGGAACUGAUUGCAAUAUACCAGGACCUGGGCAAAUUAGAGCAGAGCAAAGGCCGACAUUCAAACCAUGACAAAGCAGUGGAGUAUUACCUACAAGCACAUUCCAUCACUGUAGCCAGGUAUAGCGGACAGAGUGAAGAGGUAGCGGAGACUGCCCACAAGCUGGCCCUGGCCUACUCUGAACAAGCAUCCGCUGAGGCAGAGACAACAGCUGAGCGAUAUCUAGACGAGAGUCUAGGUAUCAGACAGGUCCUGUACGGUCCCCAUCACCCUAAGACUAUCGCUACUCAAGAGAGUUUAUGCAAGCUGCUCAUCAGAACAGAUCGACAAGAGGAGGCGGUGUCACUACUCAAGACGAUUAUUUCCUCCAAGUGCGUCACGUUCGGUGAUUUCAGCGAGGAAGUUGGAGAGACUUACAAGCUGUACGGCUCCAUCCUGCUGUCGCAGGGACAACUGGACAAAGCCAUGAAAUACUUCAGGAAAUGUUACAGCAUUCAAAGCAGUCUGUACGGUCCCAGCCACAAGAAAUCCAAGGCCACGCAGCAAACCAUCGAUAUGCUGUUGCAAUCUCCCGCACUGAAGGCAAAAGAGGGACAGAGCAAGGCGGGGCAACUGAAGAAACGCCCACGCUUCUCAUCCACCAUCAAAACUGGUGGCACGCUGCCCUGAGGGAACCAGUGCAGUACGAGGUACCGGGCAUUAGAUCCAGCGAAUCACAAGGGAAAGUCCCUCCCAUACUAUCAUCGUCACUCCAGCAUAACCACCACCUGCAAAUAUAACUCACAGAAUCGUUUCAAGUACGAGGUUUAAAUGUACAGAUGAACGUUAAAUUUGUUCAUUACAUUGGCAACUA